GUCCUAUGGAAGGAGGGGCAGCUUCUCAAGACUGCUAACUGGCGCCCAAGGAAUGGUCCGAUAGAAGCCAGCCUUUUGCAAAGAGAAAUCUUUAGGGAUGAAGAAUCCUUCGGGGAAGCAAGUACUCUGAGCAGUUCUGUUGGAGGGCUAGGGCGCUAUUGUCUUGCCCUAUUCCAAGAUGGCGACGCGGCUUCACCGAGUUCUCACUUCCGCUCCCCUCUCUAGUGAAGCGCUCUCUGAAUGGCUAGGUCCUGGCGCCGUGGCGUGACGUCACGAUCUCUUGACCAAUCGGUUGAGAGCUGAGCUGGACUAGGCUGUGGGAACCGGACUCUGGCCCUCGUCGUGAGUGAGUGCGGACGGCUGUGGCCAGUUCUCUUUUAGACCAUGGCAACUUAUCUGGAGUUCAUUCAGCAGAAUGAAGAACGCGAUGGCGUGCGCUUCAGCUGGAAUGUGUGGCCUUCCAGCCGUCUUGAGGCCACAAGAAUGGUUGUCCCCCUGGCUUGUCUCCUCACUCCAUUAAAAGAGCGUGCAGACCUGCCUCCAGUACAGUAUGAACCUGUGCUUUGCAGCAGGCCAACUUGCAAGGCUGUUCUCAAUCCUCUUUGUCAGGUUGAUUUUCGAGCAAAACUUUGGGCUUGUAAUUUCUGUUUCCAAAGAAAUCAGUUUCCUCCAGCUUAUGCAGGCAUAUCUGAGGUGAAUCAGCCUGCUGAACUGAUGCCCCAGUUUUCCACAAUUGACUACAUACUGCAGCGUGGUGCUCGGUCCCCUCUGAUAUUUCUCUACGUGGUUGACACAUGCCUGGAGGAAGAUGACCUUCAAGCCCUCAAAGAGUCUUUGCAGAUGUCCCUGAGUCUCCUUCCUCCAGAUGCUCUGGUGGGUCUCAUCACUUUUGGGAGAAUGGUGCAGGUUCAUGAACUAAGCUGUGAAGGAAUCUCCAAAAGUUACGUCUUCCGAGGAACCAAGGAUUUAACUGCAAAGCAAAUUCAGGAUAUGCUUGGCCUCACCAAACCAGCUAUGCCUAUACAGCAAGCAAGACCAGCUCAACCUCAGGAACACCCUUUUGUUUUCAGCAGAUUUUUGCAGCCUGUUCACAAGAUUGACAUGAACCUCACUGAUCUUCUUGGGGAGCUGCAGAGGGACCCAUGGCCAGUAACUCAGGGGAAGAGGCCUUUGCGAUCCACUGGUGUUGCCUUGUCCAUUGCUGUUGGCUUGUUGGAGGGCACUUUCCCAAACACAGGAGCCAGAAUCAUGCUAUUUACUGGAGGGCCCCCAACCCAGGGACCUGGCAUGGUGGUUGGAGAUGAAUUAAAGAUUCCUAUUCGUUCCUGGCAUGACAUUGAGAAAGACAAUGCACGGUUCAUGAAAAAGGCAACCAAACACUAUGAGAUGCUUGCUAAUAGAACUGCUGCAAAUGGUCACUGCAUUGAUAUUUAUGCCUGUGCCCUUGAUCAAACUGGACUUUUGGAGAUGAAGUGUUGUCCAAAUCUUACUGGAGGCCACAUGGUGAUGGGAGAUUCUUUCAACACUUCUCUCUUUAAGCAGACAUUCCAAAGAAUUUUUAGUAAAGAUUUUAAUGGAGAUUUCCGCAUGGCAUUUGGUGCUACUUUGGAAGUAAAGACUUCACGGGAAUUGAAGGUUGCAGGAGCCAUUGGUCCCUGUGUAUCUCUGAAUGUAAAAGGACCAUGUGUAUCAGAAAAUGAACUUGGUGUUGGUGGCACAAGUCAGUGGAAAAUCUGUGGCCUAGACCCCACAUCUACCCUUGGCAUCUACUUUGAAGUUGUCAAUCAGCACAAUGCCCCAAUCCCUCAGGGAGGCAGAGGAGCCAUUCAGUUUGUCACUCAGUAUCAACAUUCCAGCACCCAGAAACGCAUUCGAGUGACCACCAUUGCCCGCAAUUGGGCAGAUGCACAGAGUCAGCUCAGGCAUAUAGAAGCUGCGUUUGAUCAAGAGGCUGCUGCAGUCUUGAUGGCACGGCUAGGUGUGUUCCGGGCAGAGUCAGAGGAGGGGCCUGAUGUGCUCCGGUGGUUGGACCGACAACUCAUCAGACUGUGUCAGAAGUUUGGACAGUAUAACAAAGAUGACCCUACGUCUUUUAGGUUAUCGGAUUCCUUUUCUCUAUACCCUCAGUUCAUGUUCCAUCUAAGAAGGUCUCCAUUUCUUCAAGUCUUUAACAACAGUCCCGAUGAGUCUUCCUAUUAUCGACACCACUUUGCCCGUCAGGACCUGACACAGUCUCUCAUCAUGAUCCAGCCCAUUCUUUACUCCUACUCCUUCCAUGGACCCCCAGAGCCUGUGCUCCUGGACAGCAGCAGCAUUCUGGCUGACAGAAUUUUGCUGAUGGAUACUUUCUUCCAAAUUGUCAUCUAUCUUGGUGAGACUAUAGCCCAGUGGCAGAAAGCUGGAUAUCAGGACAUGCCUGAGUAUGAAAACUUCAAGCACCUACUGCAGGCACCACUAGAUGAUGCUCAAGAAAUUCUACAGGCACGCUUCCCCAUGCCGCGUUACAUCAACACAGAGCAUGGUGGCAGUCAGGCUCGAUUCCUUUUGUCCAAAGUGAACCCAUCUCAGACACACAAUAAUCUGUAUGCUUGGGGACAGGAAACUGGAGCACCUAUCCUAACUGAUGACGUCAGCCUGCAGGUGUUCAUGGAUCAUUUGAAGAAGCUGGCUGUCUCCACUGCCUCUUAAACUGAGGAUGUGACCAGGAUAUUGGAGAAAACACAGUUGUGAGCAGAUCAUGUCCCAGUUAUUUAUAAAGGCUUAAUUGCAUUCCUUUAACUUUUCUGACAGAUUUUAAUAAAUAACCAAAGGAGGUUUUGUUUGUAAGUCUGAAGAUUAUAAUUUAUUUGUAAUCCUUUUCUAUGUCCCACUUCCUGCCCAUGAAAUUGUAAGGUCGUAAAUCUUUUGGUACUUGUAGUUGUUUACUUGCUUUUUGUAGCCUAACUUUAGAGUCUGUAUAAAAUCAGAGGUAAUGGAUUUUGUCAGCUUGUUGAAAUGAAAACAUUGAUGAUCAUGCAGGAAAUAAAUCGUUGAGGAAAGAAAGCACUGGCUAAAAUAAUGCUAAAACAAAUUUUACCUCCUGAGGUCUCUGUGUGUGAUGUGACUCUCUCAAAAUAGCUCUCUGAAAAACAGCAAUCAGGCUGAGUAUUAUAGCAGGAGAUCCUGUGGUUCUGUUUGUCACUAGUGUGUUAUACACAGCCAUUCAUGAGAAAAGAAGCAGGUAGCUGAACAUAAGCAUCCUAGUGCCUUUCAUCCAGGCCUGAAGCCAGCCUUCCUCAACCACUAAGCCUUAGAUCCAACAGGGUGUCUCUGCCUCAGUAUCUCAAAUUCAAACUGCUAACUAAAAACACAGCAGUAAUCACAGCCCAUAUUCUAUAUUUAAA